GAAUUUGUUAUUAGCUACGUAAAAUAUAAGGAUUAGGGUAGCAAUGAACAUUAUUUACGCUUAUAAUAAUAAAAACGUGUUUCUUGUUAGGUUUGACGAAUCUAGAAAGGAUGUUGAAUGCAUAGAGAGUGCCCACAUACGCAGCUACUAUGUUUUACUCAUGCCACAAGUAAAAUGUGGAGAAACUAUAGUUUUACCUUCAGCAUCAAUACUUAGUCCACUUUUCAGAGCAUAUAGCUCCUGUUCAGAGUUGGUCCAGUCUUUUUUCCAAUCUUUCAAUCCGAUGAAUGCAGAUGCUGAAACCGACAUAGAUUGCUAUUGGAAUCAAACCUCCCUGCUAACUUCUGCAGCAGUCAUAUCAACCGCGUUUUCUACAUUACCGGUGGUAGAUGUUGUUAACUCAAGCGAGGAAGUCAAUUCCAUUGACUUAAAAUCUCAACUCUUGAUUGAUUUUCCGCCAGGUGCUUUUUUUGAUUUACAAAAGGACCGCCAAUACGGAUUUUCUUUUUGGAACUUAUUUCUUUGUGUAAUGUAUGCUGUUACAUUUGAUAGUGCAGAUUCCAUACCAAACUCAUACUUUUGCCUAAGCCAGUACAUAUCACGCUCUUUCCCCGAUACUAGCAAGCCAAAGAAUGCAGUAAGCUACUCGUUAGCUGUCUGGAAUGAAGAACUUCUCUGGAGGCUUAUCAAUUCCCUUUUAUCAACUUUAGGAGUCGUUCACGCAGCUGGGUUUCAUUUUGGAGGGCAAAUUACCACUGAUGAUAUUCUCUGCUUUGCGAUUCCUAGACAGCUAAGUAUGCAACUUGAAAAUACUUUGAAUUGUUUCCGGGGUAAAAUUGGACACAAUAAAUGGGGUGUUGAAGAUAUCAAAUCUUUUAUACACACUAUCAAUAGUAUUAUAUUGCCUUCUGCGCCAAUUAUGGCACAAACACCGGUGCAUAGGGCCUUCUUUACCCUGACCUGCAUCCCACGUAGCGUGUUUUCUAAUCACUGCAACCCUUCCUUUUUAGAGGGUGAAUCCUAUCAAGAAAAGGACUUGAAUUGUGUCGGAAAAAUUUUGCUUUCCAUCCUUGAAGCACAAAAGGCAUCGAAUGUUACCACCGAUACUCUCGUGAGCUCAGAGCUUAAGUUUUUCAUACAACGAAUGUGUGGAUCUUUCCCUUCCAGUAGCCAAACUACUGCUGCGCCAGCCGUUCAUUAUCUGACUCGACUGCAGGCGCUUCGUCUUCGCGCCAAUUCGUGGAUUUACUACCUACUUGCUGAGGAAACGCAUUUCCUUGCGUGCUGUUACCUUCAAUCACAUAGAAUAGAAAGGUUAUCUUUAUAUGAGGAUACACAAUCCAAAGGGCAAGCGAACUUCGACAUUCAGCAGAACACUCUCACCCUGAAGGAAAAGAUUACACAGCUUAUGGCGUAUGAAGCCGAAGUUAAUGAAAAAUCGAAGCUCUUGGAGGCUCGUGAAAACGAAUUGUCAAUUCGAGAGAAAAAACUUGAAGCCAUGCUCGCAUUGUAUGAACUCACCUAUGAGCAUCUUGAUAAACUUCCUGAUGCUCAAACUUCCGGUUACUCCGAGCUUCGACGUCAGCUUUGUAGCAGGUUUACUGAAAACGGCCUGUAUAACGAUACGAAAAAGGAUUGCAGUCCUUCACCGAACUCAAUGCCCUCAUCGACAUUGGAAUUCACUGCUCAUAUGGAUCGCGAACAGCAUCGCUUUAUGAAAGGUAAUAAAGUUGACCAUCGUAAUGGCACUUGUUCAUUGAUCCACCACCAUUUUAGCGAUUUGUGCCGAAAAAAAAGCAUAAAUGAGGCCUGUUCUCAAGUAACACAGCAGCUCGGUUCGGAGCCACAUUUUUCCUUUUCAGUACCUGUUAGCAGAAUAUCACCGGAUAAAUUGAAUCAAACUGCAACACGAGAAACCCUCGAGAAAAUCCCACAGAGUAAUACUGAAGUGAUGAAAGGCGUUCCAACGGAUGAACAAAGUAUCUUGCCUUACCAGAACUCGCCUAACAACGGUUUUUCUAAUCAAGUUGCUUCAUUUUACUCUAAUGUGGAUGACGAAAAGCUCUUUUCUGCUAAAAAAGCUGAACCCUAUGUCGCGAAAUUGCCUUCCUCCGGCUCUUCUCGCAGUAUUACUUUUCAGCAACAUGUCUUUGGUGAAAAAUAUAGCAUAGAUAAUACUCCCAAGGCCUUUUCCAAUGCUCACGACCCAGCACGGUCCCCUUCUUCAAAUAGUGUCACCGGCACUUCCCACACGCCACUAAAGGGUAAAUCAAUACGACAAGAGAAGCCAUCUAGUGGUUCUCUUUUUAAUUCACCACCUUCCUCAUAUCAGCCUGAUAAUCGAUUACCGUCUUUUCAAAGAUCUAGUAAAGCUAUUGAUAGUAGUAGCCCCCGCGAAGCACAUACCAAUGGUGCAACUGAAACCGGAGAGACAUCAAAAGGCUGUGUGGAUGACUUUCAUGACGAUGACAAGUGUAACAAUCACUGCACCCCUAAGCAUUCGGUUCCAGGGACACUUGGAGGGGAGGAUCAAAGCGCACGUAGUAAGUAUUCUACAAUGUUAUCCAAUAUGAAGGCGGAACGCACGGAUGCUAGCUACAAUAGUAUUGAUAUUGAUGAUACGCCAGGACUUAUAAAUCAGCGAAGAGUUCUGGUACCAAAGUUGUCUGGAGUCUUAUUGGAUAUUGAAUCCUUUUCCGUUCCCGAAGAUGCAGGCUAUAAAGAUGACGAUGAUGAGUCUAAAACACCAUGCCUAGGAGCAAGUGAUAAUCAGGGUUUGAAGGACCGAAAGUCCCGUCGCGAAUCGCGAACAACACGCGUUAAAACAGAACUAGACCAUAAUUGGGUUCAGCUACACUAUGCUGAGUUAGAGAAGAUGCAAAAUAAUUUUCGUCAAGACAGUGUCCCGGGACGUAGUAUUAACGCCACUCCUAGUGCCCGCACCACACCUCACAGUCUUAAAGUGACAAAAGGGGGACACCAUUCAGAUGUGUCGAGGGAGAGCCGCGGAAGUCAUUCAAAGGAGGUGGAGGCAUCGACGGAGGGGGUAAGUAAUUUAGACCUUACAUUAAAACGCUCUACAGAGCAGAAACAGCUGGAGGAUCAUCAGGGAGGGAGGGGUCGUAAUAUUGUAUCCCCCGAAAUCGAAGUUGUUACCGAAGAAGUAAUUAAAUGUGUGGAACUUAGUUCAAAUAAACCGCCUGCACCAUCUUAUUCUUAUCCGUCCGCCACGGAAUUGCUCGUGUCUAAUCAUUCUCAUGAUGAUGCUCGUGAGCCAAGCUCAAGUCACUCGACUUCGUUGAUUAAUCACAUUUCUAAAUUACCCACAAAAACGGUUGACUCCCGACUAAAGCAGAAAACCCCCAAGGAGAGAGUAUGCGCAACCAAAAUAGCCACUCCAAGACGCGGGGCGUCGUUUUUCACACCUCCGACUUCUUCGCUCUUGAACCUCCAUGUUCCAGAAAAAUAUCCCCCUAAAGAGCAGCAAAAGGGGGUGAAAGGCCAUAUGAGCAGUCGUGCGUGUGGCACUGAUUCUGGAAAGCGAAGUUCAAUUAUUUCAGCUACUUCAAAGCUUGCAACUCCUCGAAACCAUUUGAACUCGUCCUCACCUUCUUUAGCCUUCUCUCAAGCCCUUUUCUCUACGCAUUUGCAGAAGCAUAUAGAAGUGCAGCGCCAGCCUCAAGAUCCUCCUGCCAGUCCUCGGCAGAAAGCUAUAAAUGUGAAGCGAGUUCACUCAGCAUCUGCAAAUGUGUUUUCCCAUGUCACAAAUCCACCAAGAGGCAGCACACUGAGCAACACAUCCGAGGUAGAAUCUUUAAAUCGUCGGAAAAUCAAGCGCAGCGAAUAUUCAGUGCGCGCUAUGAGUACAGAAGACGUGGCUUUUCAAACCCCGCGAGGGUUUGAAGGUGUGUUAAACGGCGCUUCAUCUCGACGGGGUCCUCCAUUGCAGCCAGCAGAUAUUUCCCCGAAUUCUGCUAAAUUUUUAUCUGAGAACCUAAGCGACGCCAAAUGCCGUACUAAGACUAGCUCUGUAGAUAAUGCUGCACAGGAUUUACUAAGGCGACUUCGAAACAAUGUUGCCUUGACAUCUUAG